AUGUCGGCUCUUCUCCUACUGCCACGCGAGCUGCGCAACCAUAUCUACGACUACUACUUCAGCUGUGAUGGGGGCUAUACACACGUUUUCGAAACAAACCAGCUUAGGCGAGCCGACAACCAACCGAUCGAGUUGUCUCUAGUGCUGAGCUGCCGGCAGAUCGCCGCCGAAACACAUGGCCUUGCGCUGCGGAUCAACACACUUCGGUUCACGACUUUCCACUCGGAUGCCACGCAAGAACAAGCCGGGCUGCUCCAUGCAGUCAACAAGAUUAUAAGCUCUAGGAAGGAAUCACUACUCAACUCCGAGGCUCGUGAACUUCUCGGCGAAGAGCAGGCCCAGAUUGCGAAGAAAGCGUAUCCGCAAUUCACGCACGUGAUUGAUCACUGGCAGUCGCAUGGCCGGAUCAACGGCCGCUUUUAUUCGAUGCGGUUCCUCACAUGCGGUGAGGCGCCGUCUGUCUGGCGUGACUUUGUGGCCUUUACACUGAAUCUCGUCUCUCACCACCCGGGAUUCGUCGAAAAGGCUAGGAUACAUUCAAAGCAUUCGGACAAUGACAACGAAUGUCAUCUACUCAACAAAGCCGGUCCGAAGCCCUGGCGAAUCCUAGACGACGUGGAGAUCGCAACGCUACAAGAGUUCACACGGGUGUGCUCCGAAGCUCCUUGCGUUUGGCCUAGCACAAAGUACGCUUAUUCAGCAGCGUCCAUAGCUCUUCGCUUCCUGCAUUCGCUACCUACGACUACACGCGAGGAUGUACGGAAGAUCCUUUUGCUAGAAGAUCGCGAAUCGAUAUCGUUCCCUGAGAGCCAUGGCAGAGGUUUCAUUGCCAUCUGUCAGAAACAUCCUCAGCUUAUGAUCGAACGAUUCGUCAGCCUCUGGAAGAACGUGCUUCCUGUACAGUCAGUUAUGCUAAGUUUCUACUUAGACAACCAUCAAAGCUAUUUCGAUGACGGAUACAUGGACAAUGAUCAAUGUCCUGCUAAGCUGAUUACCAAGGCUGUAGGUGCAUGGGUCAAGGAGGCUAUGUGCCUGCCUGAACUCGGCAUGCCGCAUGGCUCUUUCACCCUCGUUCUUGAUGGCGACCCUUGCCCAGAACUUUCAUCGCGCGCUUUCCGCAUUGUCCAACGCGAUGUCGCAUGGCAGACCGCCCUCGACACAUGCUACGCCCUAGGACACUUACCACAACCUUCCUGGCUCGAGCGGCGACUACUCACUGCUGGUUACAUGUUCGAAGGAUUACCAGAAGCUGUUGGUCAUCUCUCCAUGACCGAUCCGCUCAUCAGAACCAACUUUCCCGUUGAAAGCCCAUACGACGUUGAGGAACUUCUGAGGGAUCACGAGGAUGAGCUAGACGUUAUGAUUAGCGGUGAUGAAGGGCGGCAUCCCAGUGUCAACUGCGAACCUAGGACCAAGGCAUUCAUCAAGCAUGUAAUCUACAAUCAAUAUCAAUAG